AAGCUAUCAGAAAUAAUGUUCUUCUUGUACCUGCUGAUAAUGGAUGUUUCUGCCUUCACCAUUCAGCCUGAGGGACACAUGGUGGUUCCAGAAAACUGCCAAUUCCGUGGCAAGCAUUUUAAAACCAGCUUCAAGGUAGAAGGGGAGCCUGUGGUCCUGAGGUGCCCCCAGGUGUGGUAUUGGUUGGGGGCUUCUGCCAUCCCCCACGUCAACCUGACAUGGCGUAAAAAUGAUUCUGUGAAGGUGGUCCCAGGGAAAGAAGAGACACGAGUUUGGGUCCAGGAUGGUGCUCUCUGGAUUUUGCCAGCCAUGCAGGAGGACUCUGGCACCUAUAUCUGUACUGUCAGAAACAUCUCUUACUGUGAUGAAAUGUCCAUUGAGCUCAGGGUUUUUGGGAAGACAGAAGCUUCCCUGCCUGUCCUCUCAUACCCGCAAAUUCUAACUUUCUCAACAUCUGGGUCAUUAGUUUGUCCUGAACUGAGUGAAUUCACCCACAACAAAACUGACAUGAAGAUUCACUGGUACAAGGAUUCUGUCCUUUUGGAUCCAGACAACAAGAAGUUUUUGAGUGUGAAGGGAAUGACUCGCUUACUCAUACACAAUGUGUCUGUGGAGGAUGCGGGCUAUUACAGCUGUGUCAUGAUAUUUGCCCACCAGGGCAUGCGAUACAACAUCACUAGGAACAUCAAACUACGUAUCAACAAAAAAGAAGAGGAGACAAUUCCUGUGAUUAUCUCCCCCCACCAGACCAUACUGACUUCUUUGGGGUCAAGACUGACAAUUCCAUGUAAGGUGUUUCUGGGGGCUGGCACACACUCGACCACCAUGCUGUGGUGGAUGGCAAACAACACCAGCAUAGACAAUGCCUACCAGGAUGGCCGUGUCACCGAGGGGCAGCGUCUGGAGUACUCAGAAAAUAACAAGAACUACAUUGAAGUGUUAUUGAUUUUUGAUCCAGUUAUAAGAGAGGAUUUGACCACAGAUUUUAAGUGUGUUGUUCAUAAUACACUGAGUUUUCAGAUGCUACAUACCGCAGUCAAAGAAGUUGCCACGUUCUCCUGGGGGAUUGCGCUGAUCCCCCUUUCACUGGUCUUCUUCGUUUUGGGGGGAAUGUGGAUGCACAGAUGGUAUAAACAUAGAACUGGAAAAGCAUGUGGUCUGACUACAUUAAAGACUGACCAUCAAGAUUUUCAAUCCUAUCCAAGUAAAAUAAAGGAAAUAAAAUAA